AUGGCUUGGCAAGACCACCACGCUCUCCAUGAAAUCCAGUGGCCGACUCUGGUGCCCACCGUUUUUUGCGAGCCCAUUGCCGUUGGCGGGCCACACGGUCUGGGCUUCAACUUUUCCGCCUGGCCCAUCCUGGUGCCUGCAGAGGAGGGAGUGCACAUGUGCUACACGCACGACGAGCGGUUCCGCGGUACGUGUCUCAAGGAAGGCUUCUGUGGUAUCAACGAAUCCUUCCGGGAACAGUUCGGCUACGACUGCCCACAGCAGACCGUCCAGUGUGUUAUCGUCAAGGACGCCACGGACCAGCAACAUGCUCGUGCCAAGAUUGGAGGUAACAAGGUUGGCUGGGCCAUGUGGAUAUGGCGAUCCAAGAUCCUUGGUUACCUGGAUCAGCGCGAGAAGAGGACGGGAUAA